AUGAGCGCACGUGUGAUUGGUCACGCUUUGGAUAACUCACCACAAAAUCCGAUCCUCAUUGAGGACGAGGAGGAUAACGAAGAGGCACAAGGACAGGAACAAGAUUUGAACGGAGACGUGAAAAUGGAUGAUCUAACAAGCGGAUCAGACAGUGAUUACACGAAAUACUGGAUAGACUGGUUCUUAUCGUCAAAGGGUAACGAGUACUUUUGUGAAGUGGAUGAGGAGUACAUAAUUGAUAGGUUCAAUUUGACCGGCUUGAAUUCUGAGGUGCAGCAUUAUGUCCAAGCAUUGGACUUGAUCACAGAUUCUUUAGAGGAAGAAUUGGAUGAUGAUAUGCGAGAGCAAGUGGAAAAAUCGGCACGUCACUUGUACGGAUUGAUUCAUGCACGAUUUAUUAUCACUAGUAGAGGUUUAUCGAAAAUGCUCGAGAAAUAUAAAAAAGCCGAAUUCGGCAGAUGCCCACGUGUCCUCUGUGUCAACCAACCCCUCCUCCCGGUCGGUCUCUCCGACCAACCAUAUACUAAAUCCGUGAAACUUUACUGUCCACGCUGCGAAGACAUCUACAACCCAAAAUCGACACGGCACGCUAACAUCGACGGCGCGUACUAUGGCUCCACAUUUCCGCAUAUGCUGUUUCAAGUAUACCCGCAUUUAUUACCUCCCAAAAAUACUGAAAGAUAUAUACCGAAAAUUUUCGGAUUCAAGAUUCAUGAGAUUGCGAAGCAACAUAGAUGGCAAGAUCAGCAACGGGAAGAACAACAAAGGAGAAUUGCGGCGAAUAAUAGCAACAAUAAUAAUGAGGGGGGUGCUGAUAACAAUAUUAAUAAUCCUUGA